UUGAAUUCAAAAUCUAAUCCAACGACUUCACUUUCUCGCUACCUUUCCUUUUCUCAGAAUUCCUCCCAUCUUUAUCUCUUUCGUCUCUCAAUUUCUAUUCUGGUAAUCGACUUCUUGUUUUUUUUUUUUUUUUGUCUCUAAUGGUUGAAUUGUGCUCGGAGAGUUGCCACCAGAUCGUUAUCGAUAAAGACCAAACAGUGGAGAAUUGCGAGUCAAAAGCUUCUCCAAACCCUGUCAAUGAAUUAUUUGAAGAGAAUACCGAUUCCAUGGAUGAAGAUACUUUAUCCAACAUGAAUCCAGAAAUUUCUCCGGCUGGGAGGCCAACACUUCCCAUAUUACAGAAAGUUAUUAAUUUGAGCAACAGUGUUCAGCAUUUGAAGAAGGAGCACGAAAUCCUGUCUAAUCAAGUGAAGUCUUUUCCUGGCCAUGACGUAGUAGGAACUCUUCAGCUCCUCAAUGAUGAAUAUGAACUUCUGAAGAAGAAAUACCUAGAUGAGUCAUCAGAGAGGAAGCGCCUAUACAAUGAAGUGAUUGAGCUUAAAGGAAACAUCAGUUUUUGCAGAUGUAGACCACUAAAUCAAGCUGAAAUUGCCAAUGGUUCCUCUUCUGUAGUUGAAUUUGACUCGUCCCAGGACACUGAGCUACAGAUAGUUUCUUCAGAUUCCAAGAAGCAAUUCAAGUUUGACCAUGUAUUUAGGCCUGAGGAAAGUCAAGAGGCUGUAUUUGCACGAACUAAACCCAUUGUGACUUCUGUACUGGAUGGCUAUAACGUCUGCAUAUUUGCUUAUGGGCAAACUGGAACUGGGAAGACAUUUACUAUGGAGGGAACACCAGAUAAGGGAGUUAACUACAGGACAUUGGAGGAGUUGUUUCAAGUUUCUGGAGAGAGAGGUUGUGUAAUGCAAUAUGAGCUAUUUGUCAGCAUGAUGGAGGUCUACAAUGAAAAGAUAAGGGACCUUCUAGGAGAAAACUCCAACCAGCCUACUAAACGGUUGGAUGUCAAGCAAGCAGCUGAUGGGACACAAGAAGUUCCAGGACUUGUUGAAGCUCGUGUUUACAAUACAGAGGAAGUCUGGGAGCUGCUGAAGUCUGGGAGCCGGGCCAGAUCAGUUGGAGCCACUAACGCCAAUGAAUUGAGCAGCCGUUCUCACUGUUUGUUGCGUGUAACUGUAAGGGGAACUAAUUUAAUAAAUGGCCAAAAGACUAGGAGUCACCUGUGGCUGGUAGAUUUGGCUGGCAGUGAGCGUGUGGGAAAGAUUGAAGUCGAAGGUGAAAGGUUGAAGGAAUCCCAGUUCAUAAAUAAAUCUCUCUCUGCGCUUGGAGAUGUGAUUUCUGCCCUUGCAUCCAAAACUAGCCAUAUUCCUUACAGGAACUCAAAGCUCACACAUAUGCUACAGAGCUCUCUAGGAGGAGACUGCAAGACUGUGAUGUUCGUGCAGAUCAGCCCAAGUAAUGCAGACCUUGGGGAGACCCUAUGUUCAUUGAAUUUCGCUAGCCGAGUUAGGGGGAUUGAAAGUGGUCCUGCCCGCAAACAGGUGGACCUUGCUGAGGUUUACAAGUAUAAGCAAAUGGCAGAAAAGCUAAAGCAUGAUGAGAAGGAAACAAAGAAGUUGCAGGAUAAUGUACAGUCCUUGCAGUUGAGACUUGCUGCCCGAGAACAUAUCUGCAGAAAUCUCCAAGAAAAGGUUCGUGACCUUGAAAGUCAAUUAGCGGAGGAACGGAAAACCAGAUUAAAGCAGGAAACAAGAGCUUUUUCUGCUGCUGCGGCUGCUUCUACUAGAUCAUUUCUUAGACAAGAAACAGAGAAGACCAAAAUGGAGAAAAAGCCACCACUGGUUCCAACAAAACUGAGGCAACCACUGCGAAAAAUCACCAAUUUCAUGCCUCCAGCAUCACCUAUGCUAACCAACAGAAAGACGACUAGAAUGACCAUGGCAUCAGUACCAGAGGCUAAAGAAAAUAACCUCAAAACCAUGAUGGCACCAAGACGUAAUUCCAUUGCUGUCAGACCACCAACAACCACUACAGCAGUUCGUCAACCUAAAAGGCGAGUAUCAAUCACCACCUUCCGGCCAGAUUCACACAUGACAACACCACUCCGCAGCUCUACUUCUGGUUUCAACCAUAGCAGUACAAUGGAUAGACCAUCGUUGAUGCGGGAUCCGAGGAAGGCAAGGUAUUCAAGAUUGUUUUCUCCAUUGCCAAAGCUACCUAACCCAUCGGAGACAACACCUGCAGCCAUGAGAAGCAGUAGCAAGUUCAUGGGAAGUCCUCCAAUGCAGGUGGGUUCAUGGAAGCCGAAGCAUCCGACCGUGGUUGCUUUGCAACGGAAAUCGUUGGUUUGGAGUCCACUCAAGCUCAGGGGCACUCAAAGGAAGCAAUCAUUUUUGCCAUUACGACCUUCAGCUGAGAGGGAAUGAUACCUAAAUAACAGCAAAUAUGCUUCUCUGCUGCAACAUUUCAUUCCUCUAUUAUAUGGUCCACUAUGGUGUUCCAUUUAUCUAUGUUUUAGGCUUCUUGUCUAGAAUUUACAUGAAGCUGAUAAUCAGUGCCUCAUAUUUUAUCUAAACAAAUGCAUAAUUGUAAAAUUCUUGUAAAAACCAUCAUUUUAGUGAAUUUUGGAAUCUUAAUUUUAGUAGUGAUUAA